AUGGCCAUUCUUGCUCGAGCCGUAGUGCUGGCCGCCUGCAUUAGCAGCCUCGCCAACGCCCAGACAAUCAAUGUCGAUGGCCGUGUGGUCGUUGCCAACGAGGGAACCGUUUCUGCAGCUGCGGAAUCCGCUGACGAUAACCUUGAGCUCACGGACGCCGUCUUGGCAAACCUGACUGAUCUCCAUCUCACCGAUAUUGACCUCUUCAAGUUCGGCGACGAUGGCGAGUCCGCCUACAAGCGGGGCCUGGGCUUUGCGUCCUGCAAGACCAUGCCUGGGGAUCUCGCAUGGCCUGGCAAGGUCGUGUGGAAGGUCUUCAAUCUGUUGACCGGCGGUGCUCUCAUCAAGACUGUUCCCUUUGGGGCCGUCUGCUACCAGGGCGAGCACUACGAUGCCGAUGCCUGCGCUCGCAUUAUUGACAACUGGACCAACUCCGAUACUCACGAUGAGGAUCCCACCGCCAACAUGUAUCCUCUCUUCGAGGGCAAUGCUUGUCUCCCUCAGGACGCCGGCAAGGAGGGCGCCACCUGUCAGCUGGGCGGCCUUCCCGUCUACUCGGUCAACGCCACCUCUGCCUCGCAGGUCCAGCUCGCCGUCAACUUUGCGCGAACCCUGAACCUGCGCCUCGUCAUCCGCAACACCGGCCAUGAUUUCCUCGGAAAGUCCACCGGCGCCGGUGCCCUGAACAUCUGGACCCACAACCUCAAGAAGAUGCAGUUCAUCAAGACCUACAAGUCCGCCGGUUCAUACAAGGGCCCUGCGUUCAAGAUUGGCGCCGGUAUCCAGGUGGUGGAGUUGUAUGAGGCUGCUAACAAGCAUGGAUACACUGCUGUUGGCGGCGAGUGCAGGACUGUUGGUGUUGCUGGUGGCUACACUGCUAUGGGCGGCCACUCUCCCAUGUCUCCUAUUGCUGGCCUGGGAUCAGACCAAGUCCUGAGCCUUGAGAUUGUGACCCCUGACGGUCGUCUCGUCACUGCCGAUGAGAAGAACAACUCGGAGCUAUUCUGGGCUGUCCGCGGCGGCGGUGGUGCUACAUUUGGUGUUGUCAUCUCCUUCACUGUCCGUGUCUGGCCGAAGAUGACAUUCUCGGGCGUGACCUGGAGCCUGGCUACUGCCGAUGCCAACAUCUCCAAGGACGUCUUCUGGAAGGGCAUGCGCACCUACUGGGCCAAGUUCCCCGAGUACAACGACAACAACACCUACGGCUACUCGGUCAUGUUCCCCACGGGCAACGACACCUACUCGUGGUCGAUGCUCCCGUGGCUCGUUCCUGGUAUGGAGCUGCCCGCGUUCAAGUCCAUGGUGGCGCCCCUUCUCGAGGAGUGGAAGUCGAUCGGCUUCAACGUCGAGCCCGAGUUCUUCACCCAUGACAACUUCUACGACACGUGGAAGAACCACUUCCCUACCGAGUCGGUCGGUGCGUCCAACGUCCGGACCGCCUCGCGUCUCAUCCCCCGCAAGAACUGGGACAACGCCGAUCUGCGGGAGGAGACGUUCGACGCAGUCCAGAGCAUCGUCGAGGAAGGCUCCGUGCUGAUCUCGUACAACAUCAACGGCGCGGCGCCCAAGGGCGUCGCCGCCAGCGCGCUCAACCCGGCGUGGCGCGACGUGUCCAUGUUCGCCAUCAUCGGCUCCGGCUGGGACGUGGCCGGCAGCAGCCCAGAGGCCAUCCUGGCCACCAACAAGAAGAUCACCAACGACUGGAUGCAGCGCCUGCGCGACGUGAGCCCCGGCUCGGGCGGCUACGGCAACGAGGGCGACGUGAUGGAGCCCGACUUCGGCCAGGCGUUUUACGGCGCCGACAACUACAAGCGGCUCUACGCGCUCAAGAAGAAGCUCGAUCCGUGGGGUGUCUUCUAUGCGCCUACCGGCGUCGGCAGCGAGGACUGGGAGAUUACGCAGGUCUCUGACUUCGUGGAUGGUCUUCUCUACAGCGACCUUCUCGAGACGCUGAGCACCUGGCUUACUCUCCAGACUGGUCGUCUAUGCCGCAAGUAG